AAUAACACUCAAGCCACAGCACCCCCAACUCAGAAAACAACUCUCGAAACAUCAAUUGAUUGACAGAACACAAAGAAAAAAAAAAGCCAAAAUGGUAUCAAGUCAACCCAACAACUACUUUCCAAAUUUCCCUCCUCCAUCACCUUCCCACCCUUUCAAUCCUCCACCACCACCUUCACAUUUUUUCAACCCUCCACCACCGCCACCUCAUUCAUUUUCUUCUCCUCCUCCUCCUCCACCAUUCCGAUCACCACCGCCUCCGCCGCCGUCACCUAGUCCUCCUUUUUCUCCUCCACCCCCUAAGGUGCGGCCACCACCGCCGCCACGCCGUCCGAUUCGUCCUCCACUGCCGCCACCACGCCCUAUUCGUCCUCCACCCCUUCCUCCUGCCCCAGUUCCACCUUCACCCUCUCCGAACAACCCCACAAUCAUAAUAGUCGUGGUUGUCUCACUUGGUGGCCUCGUGUUGCUCUCAAUGCUUGCUUUUGCCCUAUUCUGCUGCUUUCAAAGGAGGAAGAAGAAGAACACGCAAGAAACCGAGGUCAUUCACUUUGAUGAGCACAAAAAGAUAAAUGAAACCAUCGUGCCUGGUCCUUUUGGACGCAAUACAGUAGUGGUAACAGUUGAAGAUGAUGUGCAUAUCGAUGAAGAAAUCAAGAAGAAUGAGAAAGUUGGUCAUGGUUUGCAUGCAAAAUCAUCUUCACCUGAAGCAGAUCAAGGUACUUCUAGCAGCAUUGUUGAGGUCGCAACUACUCCUCCUGCACCUCAACAUCAUGACGAGCAUCAUCACUAGCCUCAAAACAAGCCCUGAUUGAAAGAAGUACUAGUACAACACACGAAGAAUUGCAUAUUCUUGUUCAAAGUUUCCCAAGAAGGGUCCUUUCAUUUAUCUUAAAUUACUCCGGUGAAUAAAUACCCUUAAUCCUUGAUUUGUUAAA